AUGGUGCGGUUGGUUGGCGUGGCGCGGUACACGGCCACGUGCCACGGCCACUGGCCAUCGGAGGUCUUCACCUUGCGAAUCCCGCACUCGUUGCUGCUGAUCCAGGAACGUUGCUGGCGAGUCGGGACUAACAGUAGUAGAAAUGGAACGACUGCUAGUGAUUUUUUCCAGUGUGGUCAACGUCAAGUCAGUGCUCCAAACAUUACAAUCGCAGCAAGCGACACCUAUCGAGGCCAGUGGCCGUGGCACGUGGCGAUCUACCUUGCAAGACCCAAUCAAAGGCUAAAUUACACGUGCGCUGGUACCUUAAUAGGGACGAAAUAUGUUCUAACGGCUGGUCAGUGUACUCGGGACCAGAAUGGAAACGAAGAAUUGAGCGAGAAAUUCUUCAUUCGAUUGGGAGCCUACGAUCUGGGCCGAGUGAACCGGAACGUUGAGCGGUAUCGGACAGUGCAGCGAAUUCAUCGAGCUCUUGAAGAUGAAAGAGAACUAGUUGAAAUGGCGGAUGAUGUCAGGGAUCGGAGGGUGGAGGUUGCGAUUUUGGAGCUGGAAACUCACGUAAGAUUUACUAGAUACGUCCAACCGGCCUGCGUUCAUCCCCAAGCUAUUUUUUUCACGAAUGCCACGGUCAUUGGAUGGAGAUCUACAACGAAUCAUAGCUCGUCCGCGGAGCUUAGAAAUUAUCUAAUGCCAAUUCUUGAUGAUUAUGAUUGCCUCUACUCAGAGUUUGGACCUUUCUUCAGAGAAAUGCCAUGGUGUGUCGGAUAUCCCAAUGGCACUGGCCUCUGUUACGGGGAUGUAGGAGGAGGUCUUUACAACGUAGUAGACGGCAUGUGGCACGUUAUAGGCGUAUUGUUUGAGGCUUCUCCAAAAGAAAAUGACCAAAGAUGUGUAACAAAGAGUUACGCACUGUAUAAUUCAGUUGAUUACUAUAAACAAUUUAUUUUGAAAUAUACUGGAUUGUCGUAUCUUGAUAGAGACAAAACGACGAUUAAUGCCACGGAUCUAAAAUCAUCACCGAAACGCUCAAAUUUGUUUCCAAAACAAUGUGGAAAUUUUAUUCCCAAUAAGCAACCUGACAGUGAAGACGUACACACUAUGGAACAGCCUUGGUUGGCCAUUAUUGGAAGAAAAGAUUAUACAGAUAAGGAUCCUUCCUUUUAUUGUUUAGGUUCACUCAUCAACAAACGCUAUGUAUUGACUUCUGCUGCCUUGAUGCAUCUCCGCGCCAAGCUCUUCAACCUGGGUGGGCUCGGCCUCGGCACUCUGUCUCUGAAGAGCGGUGCGAUUACACAAUGGAAUUUUCCCGACCCCUUCCUCCACUCAAACCACCUUAAAAAUUGUUCCAGCGCGUACAUUGUACGAGCAAAUCCGCACACGCUUGGUGAAAUCAAGGAUAAAACCUUGAAGAGCCUAUGA